AUGACAUCGCGAUCAAUUAUUUCCUCUUUUAAUAUGUUGCAGACCCAAAUCAUCCGUUACAAUGGGUAUCCUGCCGAGGAGUACAGCGUUGUUACAGAUGAUGGUUACAUUAUUUACAUACAAAGGAUACCAUCAGGAAGAAAUCAAGAUCCCAGUACCGGUCCAAAGCCAGUGAUAUUCCUCCAGCACGGUCUCCUUUGCUCCUCGUCCAAUUGGAUCAUUAAUUUACCGAAUGAGGGUUUUGCUUUCAUCCUGGCUGACGCAGGAUUCGACGUUUGGUUGGGGAAUGUAAGAGGAAAUACGUACGGUCUUCGCCAUGUGAAGUACCCGGUGCAUUCUGAUGAGUUUUGGAAUUUUAGGUCAGACAGUUGCCCUCUUUUUAACAUAUGUCGCUUAAGCUAGGGCUAAACGGGCUACAAAAGCGUGCCAAUUGUUUCGAAGCAUUGGUGCAAAACGGGCGAAAGUGAUGUUGCGCGUUUUAUCGUCCACGUUCAAACCGGUCGUGCAAGUUGCAAUAAAUCUGGUUGCUGCAAGUUGCGUGAAUAACUGACUUCUGAUAGGAUGAAAUAAGGCGGGAGUCACGCCAUACACGGGAGUUGCAAAACAAGUUUGCCAUGGGCCGUUAAAACGCGCAUCAUGUACAAAUUUUGUUGCAAAUAGUAGAGCUACUCUUCUUUCUGCAGCAACUUUUCAAAACCUGCAACAACCUGAUUUGUUGCAGGACAGGUUAAGGUCGUGGGUGGUAAAACGCUCAACAUCGCUAUUGAACUCGUUUAGUAGCCUGCGUAGCAUGGCGGUUUUGGUUGGGCGCGUUAAGUAAUAAAGGCGGGCGAGGGCAAAGAAACCGCGAGGAGAUUGGGGCGGGUGAGGGUUAGGGUUAGGCUCGACAAAACCGCCAUGCUAUGCAGGCUACUCGUUUAGCAGCAGUGUUGCAAAAUAAGUUGUACAUUUUUUGUUGUUACCCUACGUUUAGUUAUAGCUUGUGAGGCGGGCUAAGAGGAACUGUGACGCAAGGCCGCGUGUAAGCUCUUCGUUUGGGGGUUUUUUCAAGUUCUAUGGCGGCUCACUACAAAUACGACUCGUCGUAAAUAGCUUGCUCUCAGGCUACUGUUUUGUUGGUCGUUGAGUCACAGUAGAUCGAGAGUACGCGUGGGGGGCGAGCGGCGGAGGCGCGAGGAACGAUGGCGGAAGCUUUUUCCACUCUCCGCCCCAAUCUCUCCUUCUUUUUACCAUUAAUUUGCAUAAUUUUACUUUUACACUCGCCGCGCGUGGCUCUGAGGAAAAAAGGACGACCGCUUGCGGUCUAUAGGUAUCAGGGACCUUACGACACUACGACGGCGACUGCAAGGAGAACGUCAAAAAAACAAUAGGUUUAAUGAGCAAAACAACAACUCUGCACGUGCAUCACGCUUUUUUGUACAUUUCUUUGCUGUGCCUUCACAACAACGACGUGACAUGACCACACUUUAAGUUUACUUGAGUACGGGAACGACAAGGCGAUAAAUUCUACCAUCUCUGUCUGAACUCGGGCGCGGCCCCCUCUCUUCAGCUCCAACCAAAAUUCCCUUCUUUUAAAUAACAGUGCGAAUUGGGAUAAUCGCGAAAACGUCUAAAAGGAUGCGAAGUCCAUUUUUCAACGACGUUUUCGUGGACGUCGCCGUUGUCGGAUCGUAAGGUCCCUAUUGUAACAACGAGCCGCCAGUAAAUGGCUAUACAUAUACUGCUAUUUACUACUCAACUUCGAGAAGGGCCAUCUCCCCUUAGUUCUUUUCAGGAAAGCGUCGAGCAGGCGUAUUCAUCACUCAACGAAAUGUUCCAACCGUUAAGCGGCCCACGUUACACAAACUUGGUAAUAAAUGGAUAAAAGUACAAGAGAAAUUGCAGUUAUAAAAUGUUUGUUAAUCUUGUAGCUGGGAUGAGAUGGCAAGCCAAGACCUUCCCGCCAUGUUGAACUUUGUUACAAACAAAACAUCACAGUCCUCGAUAUAUUACGCUGCCCAUUCACAAGGAACCUUGAUGGCUUUUGCCGAGUUUUCCAGGAAUAAAGAAUUAGCGAAAAAAGUGAAGAAGUUCUUUGCUAUGGGACCCGUGGCCACUGUGGGCCAUAUGGAGAGUCCUAUUAAAUAUCUUGCUGAUGCGAUAGACGAAAUAGAGGUAUGAUGUUAGAUGAACACCGUAGGCAUGUAACCCUGAAGUGUAGACCUGUGUUCCAAUGCAGGGGUUUUCGUGGGAAGCAAUCUAAAUUUACCUCCUAAUUUUGCGGGAAAAAAACUGAUACACAAGCAACAGGUUUAGAUUAACUUUGCAAGUGCAUCAUACUCCUUUGUACAUUUCUUUGCCUUCGGUGAACCACUAGAAACGGAAAUUUCUCUUCAGGUUUUUAUGGAGGACUCGGACCCUCUUGUACCUUCCUUUAAAAUUCAACUCCACGAAAAUCCGCCAACAUUUGACAAAUUGAAGAGAUGGAAUAAGAGCCUUAAAGCCAUAACCCGUAAGUUAUCUUUCUCAAUUUGGAUAUGGUUCUCAAGCCCCGUGCAAACGGACGCAACAGUGUUGGCUAACAACUCCCACUUUGACUCUGAAGAUGACUACCGCACAGGUUGUCGAAACGUCAGUCACUGUCAACAACAACAGUCCUAUUCAGGACUACGUUCACCCGGACGAUCAAACUCAACCUACUUUUGAAACUACCAACAUUGUUAGGUUUUAUAUGUUGCGUCCAUUUGCACACCCUGUUGCAUGUUGUUGGAAGUUGUUGCGCAAAGUUUGAAACCGGUCAAACUUCUAGCUCCGCUCCCUGCAAACGGACGCAACAACUCCCAGCAUUGCGAUGUCCGUUUGCACGUAGCUAUAUGAGUUCAGCUCCAGGCCCCAGUUGUUCAAAAGGUGGAUAGCGCUAUCCACUGGAUAAAUCUCUAUCCAGUGGAUAGCGUAAUUGGUUUUCUAAUACGUAUCCACUAGAUUGUGAUUUAUCCGAUGGAUACCGCUAUCCAACUUUUAAACAACCCAGGCCAGGAGCGUUCGAGUGAGUGAGAGCCUCUGUAUGGAUACCUGCGGUCGACGAUUUCGUCGCGCCUUUUUCGUCAAGUCGUCGGUUUUGUCAUCAGGCGAACUGAUCGUCGCAUCACAAGAAUUGCUUUGCAUGGUAACGCUACUAGCGAGCACAGCGCAACCACAAAGAUGACGGAAACGAGAAAAGAAGCAAAACAAAACCGCACGUACAGCACACUUUUUUCAGUGGUAGAUUUCUUUGCCGUCAUUGCACGAUUAACGUUGUCAAACUUGAUUAAAAUCAAUGGCGAUCGUCGCAACUUCGAUUUCGUGGGAAAUACCCAUAUAGCUAGAGGCUCACCUGAGUUGGAAUAAUCGCGAUGAAGAUUGAAGAACGCGAAUUUUUGCUGCCAUCGCCUUCCUCAAAUCUUAAGAUCCCUAUUAAUUAUUUUAAGGCGCGUGCCUUUAAAACAUGAAAAAUCUUCCUACUUAUAUUCUUUCUUUUUUAUGCAGAUUUUGUUUGAUAUUUUUGGCGUUCGUGAUUUUCUACCAUCUGAUGCCAUUAUUCAUUGGUUGGCUAAGCAUGUUUGCUCAGACAAAGACUUGGAAACGUUCUGCUCAGACAUAAUUUUUAUCAUCUGUGGCUUUGAUAAGAAGCAGCUGAAUGAGGUAAAUAAUACUGAGUCAAUAAAAAGAUAAAUCUCAUCCGAUUGAAGAAAUAUAAUAAAGCUAUUCCAAUUAACGCUAGGCUGAUUUCGUAAGCUAUAAAGUUGUACGAAAAAGAGGUCACGCUGGUCACCAAUGAUGGAAUUUCAUCGCUUGCUUGUCAGGUUGAGUUUUAGCAAUUAUGUUCAUCAUACUGAAUUCAAAUUCAAAUCGUAACCCUCUCAUUGCGUUAUUCUAAGCGCGCAAAGUUUACACAUUGUCGCGCGCGCAAAACAGUUUCAAAUUUAAUAUUUUCGUACAUGACUGUAAACCCAGUGGGUAAUCAAGACCCAAAGCACAAAGAACUUUUGAUUGUGGGACUCAUCCCUCGUAGUCCUUUAUCCCACAACUAUUAACUGACAUUAUUAUAGAAGGUUCUGUAAUUUGAAAAUGUCUAUGUCCGUUCAACCUUUCUCAGGUGAUAUUUUACUGCCCAGCAUCCGCCCACAGCACUAUACUCAUUUGUAACCUCUAGUUUUUAAGUUUUUUUUUGUUUGCUUUAAUGACAGACUCGACUUCCAAUAUAUUAUACACACACGCCAGCUGGAACGUCAGUCAGGAACAUGGUUCAUUUUGCACAGGUAAGUUCACUGAUUUGAGCUUAACCCUUUGAGUGCCAAUAGUGACCAACAACAAUUUUCUCCUAACAACAUCCAUACACUGUCAAGAGAUAAACUUAUGAGAAUUAAUAAAAUGAUUCCAUGAUCUUUUAUCAAAUUCUCUUAACUAUUUCUUAAAGGAAAUGUAUGGAGAUCAGUUUGGAGAAUUUGUAUGUGGAUAUUGGGGCUUAAAGGGUUAAUGCCUGCCGAUCUAUCAGCGCCGAGUAUCCUAACAUGCAGUUAGGCACGGUUUCUUUUGGCAUUUUAAUCACUUCUUUUUCUGUAAUUAGAUGUACAAAUCCAAGAAAUUCCAGAUGUAUGAUUACGGAAAUUCAAAGGAAAACAAGAAGCACUAUGGACAGGUAUGCUUUAUAAAGAGAGGAAUAAACCGAAAAGCUCGGUUUCUUCUUGAUGAAGUAUUAAAAAAGACGUUACUGAGAGCCCAUAAAGGUCGAGUAGAUCCGAAACACAACGGGUGCUAAAGAUUGGUUUACAAGGACUUGGACCUAUAUUAAUCGGUGUAGGAACCUUUAAAAUAUAUAGCAAGUUUAGCACAAUCACCAGAUUGGUAAUAGAAGAUUAAUUAGGACUGCUGUGAACCUUGGUGUCGCGAGGUAAUGACGAACUUCUCUUAUUCGUGUGCGGCAUUUGUCGUACCGGUAACACAUUUUUGUUGCACGUUUGAGUCAAGUUCAUCGCCCUUUUACGUGAAUUUUCAAAACUAAAAGUAACCACUCUCCACAGUGAGAGCAGUAUUGAAUAGAGUAGACUUUACAUUCGGACAAAGUUGUCUUACACUCGCGUUACCUUGCGCGGACAGUUUAAAACCUUUUCCGACAUUUUAGUUUUAAAAUGACCAGAAAGUGCCAGGAAGCCUGCGGCUCGGCUUGCUUCAAACAGAGUUCUUUCUGGGGAAAAUUUCCAUUGGCGAAUGGGUCAAACUGUUCGUCAGGGGCCUUGCUUGUACCUGAUAAAUUACCAAGAGAAUCAGAGACAUCAAGAGCAUUGCCUCUUUCUAACUUCUUGCAUACCACUUCUUUCUAGCCCACUCCACCUCGAUACAAUGCCUCAGACAUGACAGUCCCCGUGGCUCUAUACUGGGCACAGAAUGACUGGCUUGCUGACCCAACAGAUGUGAAAGCACUUCUUCCACUGUUACCAAAUAAACUUUACAACAACUACAUCAAAAAUUGGGACCAUUUGGACUUCAUCUGGGGAAUGGACGCUGCUAAAAUAGUAUAUGAUGAUAUAAUUAGAAAUAUUAGGUCGGAUUAA